CUUGAGAAACCUUGCAUGAAAUUUUCAUUUUAAACUCUGCCUCCCAAAUUCAAAAACUGAGCUAUACUUUCUGGCCUAAAUUAAUGGAGAUCUCAUGCAUGGGUGUGAGGAUUUGCUUAGUAUAUAUGCUACUGUUUCCCCUGAUGAUCAUCAACUUGGCCUCUUCAAAUCUAAGAGGAAAUGAGGUGGAAAGACUAUCCUUGCUUGCCUUUAAAUCUGAAAUAGUCAGUGAUCCUCUGGGGAUCCUUAGCUCCUGGAAUGAUUCCUCCAACUUAUGUGAUGAGUGGCGAGGGAUUACUUGCGGCCGAAGACACCAGCGAGUCACGGUUCUGGACCUCCAGUCCAGCCACCUGAUGGGUAUUCUAUCUCCACACAUCGGAAACUUGAGCUUUCUCAGGACAUUAAAUCUCCAAAGCAAUAGCUUCAACCACACCAUCCCUCAAGAAAUUGGUCGAUUGUCCCGGCUGCAAGUACUACACCUCGGGAACAACUUCUUCGAAGGUGAUAUCCCAAAAGAAAUUAGCCGAUGCACAAAUUUGAUAAGUUUGCACCUGAACGGAAACAUGUUGCAUGGGAGAAUUCCUGAAUCUUUGAGUUCUUUGCGGCAGAUUCAAGAUUUUGACCUCUCUCGUAACAACUUGUCUGGAACAAUUCCCGAUUAUUUGCAGAAUUUCACCUUCUUGCUCAAUUUGAACCUAUCCUUUAAUGAUUUUGAAGGUGAAGUAGGAGUUUUCAGGAAUACAAGUGUGGUUUCUAUUAUGGGAAACACACGAAUUUGUGGAGGUGUACCUCAGUUAAGAUCGGUCAAUUUUAUCUCUAAUCGAUCCAACUCAAAUAAGCCAAAAUCAUUUUCUAAGUAUAAACCAAUUAUCCCAUUUUUUUGUGGGACAAUUGGAAUUAUUAUCUUAGUGGUGUGCUUUGUACGCCUCUAUAGAUCAAGAAAAGCAAGAGUUGAGCAAAGAAAAGCAAGAGUUCAGUCAACUUCAGAACGAUCAUUGGACAUUUCAUUCUUAAAGUUGUCAUAUGGAGAUCUCUUUCAAGCAACUGGUGGGUUCUCUUCUUGGAAUUUGAUUGGUGCCGGUAGUUCUGGUUCUGUGUUCUGGGGAGUUCUCGAUCAGCCAAAAGAAAGAAUUGUUGCUGUCAAAGUACUCAAUCUUCAAAACGCGACUACUUCUAAUAGUUUCAUAGCUGAAUGUCAAUUCUUGAAAAACACUAGGCACCGAAAUCUUGUCAAACUAGUGACUGCUUGCUCUAGUAUUGAUUUUCAAGGAAAUGAGUUCAAAGCUUUGGUUUUUGAGUACAUGAUGCAUGGAAGUCUAGAUGAGUGGCUGCAUGAUUCAGCUGACAGAGUAGUUGAGCUACCCAUUGUGGAGGUGCAUUUGAAUCUUAUCCAAAGGGUAAAUAUUGCCAUUGACGUAGCUAGCGCUUUGGAUUAUUUGCACAAUUAUUUUCACAUCCCAAUAGUUCAUUGUGAUUUAAAGCCCAGUAACGUUCUCUUGGAAAAAGACAUGACUGCCUGUGUUUGUGACUUUGGUUUGGCAAGUUACCUCCCAAACACUUCUUGUCCGGUUUCUUCGCUAGAACGCUCUUCCAACUCGAUAACGGGUACCAUUGGCUAUAUUCCCCCAGAGUAUGGCAUGGGAAGUAAGGUGUCAACCUACGGAGACGUGUAUAGCUAUGGAAUCCUGUUACUGGAGAUGCUUACUGGUAAGAGGCCAACAGAUGACAUGUUUACAGACGACAUCGACUUGCACAAUUUUGUUCUGAUGGCUUUGCCUGAACGUGUGAAAGAAAUAUGUGAUCCUGUGCUUCUUCAAGAAAAGGAAAGCAGCACUAGUACAAAUCCUGCAAGCAAUAGGAAUGAUGUCCAAAAUGAUGAAACACGAAGAGUUGAAGAGUGCCUUAUUUCCAUUGCUAGGAUAGGAGUUGCUUGUUCUGUGCAUUUGCCCAAAGCGCGAAUGGAGAUUGGGAAAGUUUUAGCUGAACUACGUGUAAUCAGGGAUGUACUGACUGGAACCAGGAUGCCUAGAGAGCACAUGAUAACUGCUUAAGGCCUUAGCUGCCAAUGAUACGGUUGGUUGCCGGAGAGUCCAACAUAGUGUGAUGGAUAAACCAGCUUUCACU